UGAUGGAUAUAGCAAGUGACGAGGAAGAUAGCCAAAUAGAAGAACGUAUGGCUCUUAUUGUUGGACCUAGAGCAGAACAUGACGAGCUGAACAGACGAAAAGAGUUGAGAAAGAGGCUUGGUCGAAAAGCAGUCCGAUAUAGGCGAUGGAUUAUGCAGACAACGAUGGAUAAAUUGCAUUCCGUGGCGAAUCCACUAAACGAUGGUCAGGAGCCCACUGAAUUAUUGCCUAAUCAAGAUGUUGAGCCAAAACAAUUGAAGCAAAAUGGCGUUAGUCAUGAGUUUAGAAGGGUUGUCCAAGAGGAAACAGAACAAUUUAUGUUACAGAGCAGUUCUCAACAGGCUGCAGUCACUGAGACCCAAUGGUAUCUAAGGCUGGUCGAUGAAAUUCCUGUUCCGUUCAGUUGGAGAGAAAAUGUUCUGCAAUGGCGAUCAACUAUUGACAAUGUUGAUAGAAUUAUUGUUGAUGAUACUAAUAAUGAUUGUCCUGUUCCUGCAAAAAUUCUCAAAAGAAGUGACUCAAUGAUGGAAAAUAUGGAAGAAAUUCGUGCUCAAACACCACCAAAAAGCAGUAAAACUUCUCGGAAAAAAUCACAAGGUAGGCGAAGUUCAUUGAGACUUUUGGCUAGAAAAAAUGGAGAUAACGAAGUAGAAUUAAUUACUUUAAUUUAA